AUGAAACAAUACAAUGCUGCAAAACCUAUAAAAAGAGGUUACAAAAUUUGGGUGCGAGCAGAUGAGACGGGCUAUGUCUGUGAAUUUCAGAUUUAUACCGACGAAAUUUUAGCUUGUGGGACUGUUCGUCAAGGCCGUGUUGGAUUACCAAAGCUUCAAAUGAUUGAUAAAAAUAUGGUCAGAGGUCAGCAUGAGUAUCGAACUUCUUCUUCAGGUUUAGGCUGGAUAAAAUGGAAAGAUAAUAAGGCUGUCUCAUUUUUGUCAAACUUUCAUGAUACUAGCGAAUUAGGAACGGUAAAUCGCAGACAAAAAGAUGACUCGUUACUUGCUGUAACUUGUCCUACCAUCGUUUCUGAUUACAACAAGCAUAUGGGACUAGCUCUUGCACAUGGAUUGAUAGGUGGAAUUUUAUCGCCAAGAAAAGGUAGAAAAAGUUUACCAAAAAUUGUUGGGCCGCACAAACCCCAAGUUUCUGUAGAAAAAAGACGCUUCGCAUCCGCGCAUAUGCCUUUAUGCAAUUCUGAAGGAAAACGUCGUCGUUGCGCUCAUUGCAGUACCAAGGAGAAAGAAAAAAGAACCACUUGGAUUUGUACACAGUGCAAUGUACCCCUUUGUGUGUCUGCAGAUAAAAAUUGCUUUCUGGCCUUUCAUUCGUGA